GAAGCUGACCAGAAUGUGUUUGAAUUCAUACAGAAAUAAUGUUGAUAUUUGGAACCCAUGUCGAACUUCUAUGAAGAAAGGACAACGAUGAUUGCAGCCAGGGAUUUGCAGGAAUUUGUUCCUUUUGGUCGAGACCACUGCAAGCACCACCCUAAUGCUUUGAACCUUCAACUUUGCCAGCUGCAGCCAGCUUCUGAAUUAUGGUCUUCUUAUGGUGCUGCUGGCUUUGUGGGAUCCCUUCAGGAGGUUACAAUCCACGAGAAACAGAAGGAAAGCUGGCAGUUAAGGAAAGGAGUAAGUGAAAUUGGAGGAGAUGUGGACUAUGAUGAGGAACUCUAUGUUGCUGGAAAUAUGGUGAUAUGGAGCAAAGGAAGUAAAAGCCAGGCAUUGGCAGUUUAUAAAGCGUUUACAGUUGACAGUCCUGUUCAGCAGGAAGACAUGCAGUUCAUCUCCAUUUGAUGAAGGAAAACUUGUACUUAGAGAAGAAUGCCAGCUAAUAAAUGUAAAAGGAAUUGUAGAAUUAGAAUAUCACCAUUUUGUAACCUCCAGUGCAAUAAUUGAUUCCAACAAGGAUUGUAAAUGGAUACUAACACGGUUGGUUGAAAGAAUAUUACCAUGGCACCAACACAUCACCCUGUGGAUU